AUGGAAGAACGGCUAGCAGUAGGAAUAAGCAAGAAAAAACGCAAGAUUUUUCUUUUUGCACCAACCCUUAAAGUAGGUGAAUAUUCAGUAAAAGAUGAAGAAUACAUACGAGACGGAGUGCAUUAUUUCCGAUAUAACAACAAGCCGCAACCUGCUCUUGAACAAAUCACAGUCCCGACAUUUCUAAGAAUCUGGCGCCACUACUGUCACGUGAUAUCUGGAGAAACAUAUUCAUUCUACAUAGACGGAGUGGAAUAUGUUAACAGUAAAGUGCAGGUGGAUGACAGAGUGCUGCCACUUAAUGGGACGUUCGUCGUAGGACAAGAACAAGAUGGACUAGACAGGAGAUACAACAGGUUCCAAAUCCUGAAAGGCUACACAGCUCAGUUCAACAUUUGGAACUAUGGUUUGGAUACUAAAAGCAUCCGCGACAUCGCGGCGUGUAAGCAGGACAUACAGGGAAACAUAGUUUCUUCUGACAGAGACACAAUAGACCUGAUUAAUGCUGACGUGAGGCUAGUCCCAAUCCACGAAUUCUGCGGCCAAAACGAAAAAUUCUUAAUCUUUCCUGAACCAUACACGUUCACUUACGCUUCCGAUAUCUGCAAGCUUGUGGGUUCCGUUCUGUAUGUGCCUACAACUCUCACAGGAAACGAUGCCUUGGUGAACGUUUCCCGCCAAUAUGGUUACUGUCAGAGCAUCACCAUCAGCAUGUGGCUGGGUGCGACUGACGAUCAAGAGGAAGGCACCUGGAGAAGGAUAAGUGAUGGGAAAGUGCUGCCCGUGACUAACUUCAAGCAAGGACAGCCUGACAACAUCAAAUCGGAAAACUGCCUGGCCAGCGACAAGGACGGUUUCUGGGCGGAUUAUAACUGCAUCGAUCCGAACACGGGGUGCGCACCUUGUGAGGAGCGCUUGCGGAUUCCCCUCUUCUUAAGGGGGCUUUGUUUUAACUUAAAGACGGAAAGCAUGGUGGAGAUUGUGGGAUAUUCAAUAAAAGGUAAACCCUAUUUCCACGGGUACUACGGCAUGAUGAUCUACAAAGCCGCUCCUGCACGAUGGGCGUUACUCGAUACCAUUACCAACAAAACAAUGGCAUACUUGAACAUGUCCUCUGAGAAUCUAUAUCCAGUUGGAAGGCAUUCCUGGACAAUAACCGAGAGCAUCUGCGACAUAUCAGUUGGAACCGAACGAGAGCUGAGCCUGUCAGCGUGUGGCGAUGACAAGUACAUGUGCGACAACGGGGAGUGCAUAGAUCUCAAGUCCCGAUGUGACGCCAAGGACGACUGCACUGACGAGAGCGAUGAAGAUAACUGCGCUAUUCUGCGACUACCGCAAGAUUACCGAAGCUUCAAACCUCCUAAGAACAUCCUGAAUUCAUCUCUUCCAUUGCAGCCCCUCAUAAGGGUCGAGUUCUUAAGAUUCCUGAGCAUUGAAGACGUCAAAGAGAGCAUUCAGAUUGAAUUCAUGAUUCAGCUCAGUUGGCCAGACUCACGAAUUAAAUACAUGAACCUCAGAGACGAUACCCUCGACAAUCAGCUGGCUGAGGCCGAAGUGAACAAAAUAUGGCGGCCGACUACCAAUUUCCCCAACAUCAAGGAUGGAGAAUUGAAGCUCCUCGGGGAAAAUGUGUAUGUCUUGAAGGUGAAGAAAUCACUAUUAGCUGACUUCAAUGCUGUCAAUAUGGACGAGAUCUACGGUGGGGACGCAGCACUGAUCGUGCAACAGCAGCACUACAGUGGUAGUUUCGUGUGCACCUUUGACGUUCUUGUUAACUACCCCUUUGAUGACCAGCAAUGCAGUAUUCUUGUUCAGUUCUCCUCUGUUAGCAAAGAGCUCGUCGCCUUCACCACCAAUGGGUCAUCGACGGCGUACAGCCAGAGCUCUCAGCUCCCGAUCUACACCGUCAGUGAUUUCUUCGCCAGUGUGCCCUCUAACGACACACGACUCAGUAUGGUCCAGGUCGGUUUCAAGCUAACGAGAAGAUACACCUUAAUUGUGCUGUCAAUAUAUCUUCCGUCUCUCAUGCUGCUGGCAAUUGGAUAUACCACGUUGUAUGUUGAACUCCAAUUGCUUGAAGUGCGUCUCCAAGUAGCUCUGACUACGUUACUGGUGCUGUAUACUUUCUUCAGCCAGACCUCCUCAUCGCUGCCCCAGACGGCCUACGUGAAGCAAAUCGACAUGUGGUUUUUCUUCUGUACGAUCUUCCUCUUCAUCAUCAUCGUCAUCCACGUCUUCGUCGACAAGUUAGACAACAACAAAGUUGUUGCCAUCAGUACUGAGAGCAGCAGCAGGUCCUUCCUUAAAGCUCCUCUGGGGAUACCGGCGAAGGUCAAGAACUUGGUUUCUUCGGGCGACAGGUUCCUGGUCACCGUCAGAAGCAUCGUGGGACCGAUUGUCCUCUUGAUCUUCUGCUUCUCCUACCUCUGGGUGAUUUUUACAUAAACAAUUUCUGGCGGUCACACGAACGGUCUUUUUAGGUACCAAGAAUGUUCGGUUCUCAAAGUUGCUGUUUCAACUGACAACGGAUGUAGGGACUACAAAGUCUUAGGUGUUCACGCUCACAGAUGUACUAGACAUGCAGAAAAAAUAACAAGGAAUUUUGCACUCUACAUGCCUUGUGAUUUCAAGUAAAGAGCAGAAUUGUUGAUAGAAAUACACAAGAUACAUUUUAUAUUUUUAAGUUACAGUCCUUGCAAACCUUUAAUCCACAAGUUUUUGAAAAGGUGUUCAAGAUUAAAUGAGCAAAACUAAACAUUCCUCAGAAAAAGAAAAAAAUCAAACGUAAAUAAACUAAAACUGCGUUAUUUUGAGUUUGAAACUUAUUACAGGCAACAUCAAGUGCUCUGUAAGUCUUGCAUUAUUGCAGAAACAAAAAAGAAAAAAAAAUCUAGCAACUACCGAUAUCCUAACAGAAACCACUGCUGUUUAGUACCAUGUUAGAUAAAUUACUGUAUCAUUUCAUUGGCCACUUUGCAGCACAUAAUAACACUGAUCUUCUUCUUCUUCUUCUUCUUUCCCCACCGUUAUCCCUACACUAAGGGGUCAGUUGCCUGAUGCGCCUUUCCUUACAACAUCAGGAAUGGUAUUAAUAUUUGGCAAAGGGGUUUUUACGACCGCAUGCCCUUGCUGUCAUCAACCACAGUUAUUGGCGGUGGGCCUCGCCUUUGACUAAAUUGGCUAAAAAGUCCACCUGCAAGGCAGCAGUUUCCACAGUUAUUGGCGGUGGGCCUAGCCUUUUACUAAAAAAAAAAAAAAAAAAAAAAAAAAAAAAAGUAAGACUGUAAGGCAGCAGCUGUCCUUUUAGUCUCCUUUUACGACGCGCAGGACCUACGGUGGUAGUAUUCUUACACCCUUACCACAGGGUGGUCAUAAGAACACUGGUAUUGGGUACAUAAUCUGAGACUAUCGUGCUCCUCUCUUCCACGUGCAGAAUUUUAAAACAUCCCAACUGUCCCGAAAGAAUCACUUUCUGUGACAUACUAGAUCUACACCAUAUUUUUUUCGUAUUAUUAUCCUAGCUCUUGUCGAAAUCCACACGAGUCCAAGUUCAUUAAUUUUCCCCAGAGGGUACUAGUUACCAUGAAUAUUAUCUUUCCUCAAAUCCCUGGCAUUAUCAUAUUUUGAAAACAUUUUUAAGAAUCUGCAAUUUUCUCACAAUUCUAUUACAUCACAAACGUCAAGUGACCACACCUCCAAAAUUACGAUUAGCAGGAAUCCUUCUUCUCUCUUUCUUUAGGAGAGAAAUGCCGUUGAAAUGUCUCACUGAAAUGUGCAAUAGUUCUUUCACAGUAAUAAAAAAAAAAC